UUUCUCUCUUUCGCUUUCGCUUUCACCUUUACCUUCUUCCACCACUUUACUUCGACCUUUGGGCAGGCCCUCCCCCGUUCUUUGUUGCUUCAUCUCUUCUAGGGUUUCACUUGUGCUGUACCGCCAAAUCACUCUGCCAAUCCAUCCAUUAUUCGACCUUUCAACAUGUUCUCGCUCUCCAAGCUGCUCUGCGUCUCCUUCCUUUUCACCCUUGCCGCUUUCGUGAAUGGUCUCCCUGCCCCUGAUAACAUCGCCAACGAUCUCGCCCGCCGCGCGUCCGCCACCGCUGCAGCAGCUUCGCCCAGUGCCACCUCCGUCACCACCACCAAGGUCGUGCAGACUAACAACGGCCCGAUGACUGAGACCUGCGUCCUCACGUUCACCCCCGAGGGCGGCCAGUUCCAGGAAGUGUCCAACUGCUCCAUGUCCCCUGCUGCCUCUGGCUCGUCCAACUCGACGGGCAGCAGCACGACGAGCGCAGUAGGCAACGUGGGUGCCGCGCCGUCGGCCACCUCCACUGUGACCCCCAACGCCGUUGUCGCUGCCGCGUUCGCGAUCCCCGGCCGCCAGCUGCUCGUCCUCCCCGUCGGACUCGGUGUCUUCGGCGGCAUCUCCGCCAUCACGUUCAUCGUCGUCGUGCUCGUCACGUUCGAGCGUGUCCGUUACCGCAGGGCGUUCCGCCAGCGCAAGAUGGCUGAAACAGGCGCCCCGAUGGGCUACAGCGGCUACGGCGGGAACUCCAAGGCCUAAGUGCCCGUCCGGCGCUCUCUGGCGUCGCUUCAUCCCUGAUCCUCCCUGGUCCUCCUUUGGUUCCCUCGGUCCGUUAAGCCGAGCAUUGUGUUGGGAGCACCGCGCCAGACGCGGUAUGGUCCCGGCGGGGGCGGUUUUCGGCCAGUAUCACGAUAAGAACAGCGAAUGACACAGCUUGCGAACUGAGCCCUGGUGGUGGAAAGUGAAGUGGAGACUGGUUCUCUUGUUGGUGUAUUGUUUGUAACGGUGCAUUGGUGUUUGAGCUUGAGCUUGGGCAUUGACAGAAUAAUGGACGUGUGGACUGGUUCGCACUAUACUUGUUGUUUUAGGUGUAAGCCCGAGUGAACCCGAAAACAAAGGGUGGUGUCAUUAUGGCUGAGUAGUUGACAGUGCAUUUCAAGUGGC